GUUUUCAAUAGGAAAUACAACUUCUAAGUACAUAAACAAAUUUCAUUAAAAUAUUAACACGAGAACUACAUGAUUAUGUACUCUAACUAAAUUAUGUACGUUUUGUACGUUUUAUUAUAAAUUCGUAAUAUGUCUAUCGUUGAAUAUCUUUCACUUCGCGUGAUUCGUUUAGCAUUUCUUCAAUUUGUUAUGUCCGUGACAUAAAUAGCUCUCAUCAAUGCGUGUCACGUGAUACGCCGAUGCAUGCACUUUGCUAUUAUUACGCGAAAAUAAUAACGUUUGACAUUUAAGGAACCGUACACACUCAUUUGAAUCCACUCAUUUUCAAAGAAGAACUCUUGCGAAAACUGUGCCAUUUCGUGCGGGGUUCUUCGGCCGUACGUCCACUCAUGCACACGUACACGAUACGCACACAUACGAACGUGAAAUACACGUAUGGAGUGAGAGUUGCUUACAGUGACACGAUUCUACCCACGUCUUUCCGACCGAACGGUUAAUCGGAAGAUCAACUUCGAAGAAAGUUUCAGUUAGCGCAAAACCUCGACGACACGAUCCUUCGUAUUGAAAAUAAAUUAUUAAAUGUGAAGUUAAUAAAUAAUAAGAAAAAAAUUGAAAUAGAAGUUUGUGAUUGUAGAAUUAAACACAAGCAAGUUCAUUGCAAAAUGCUUCAUAAUGCUUGUAAUUUUAAAGAGUCGUUAAUAUUUUACGUAAUGUGAUUUAGAGUGAAAGUGUUUCAAUGCUGUAUAUUAUAUUUAACGGUGCGUAAGAAAUUUGUGAAAUUAUCAGAUAUUACAUCUCCGUCAGAAGACUAAACGGAAAGAAAUCUGUGUUUAUUGAAAAUAAAGAUAAUUUGCAAUUAUCUUUGCAUAAUGAUAAAUAGAUUUAUCUUCGUUUGGUGCCUCUCGUAUUUAUGUUUCAAAGCUUACACCGAACAUUCACCGCAAUAUUUUCAAGAAUUAUCUAACGAUACUCGAUGUAUUUCCGAUUCUUCUCGAAAGAUUUACAAUGUAUCAGAUUUAUUACGAUGCAUGGAUAAUCUCGCCGUUAAUCUUUUCGUUCAAAAUAAUGAUCGAUUAUUAAGACAAAGGAGUAAAACGAAUUCGCCAGUUUACAAAGAAAAUUCUUACGGAUUUCCUUAUGGAAACAUCAUUUUAAAUCUAUUUAAUAACGCCGAAAUCCCAUCGGGAUAUUACGAUUCUUCUGCCGGUAAUUAUCAAUUAGACACAUUGAACAACGCACACAUUGAACCUAAUCAAUUUGACGGACUUGGAGCAAAUCUCUUUAAUGCUCUGUCAUCAAUCUCUCGUUAUGAUGAUCUGAAGUGCGUGUCUAGAAUACUCUGCGAGAUGGCGAGUGGCAAGCCACCAGGAGAAUAUAAGCGAGCACCGACGGGAAAUAACGAGGAAUAUUUAAAAGGAUUUGGAAGAAAUGCCUUUACUCAGUUGCUCGCAGGAUUAACAGAAACGUCACCUAUAUUGAAUUUUGCCCGAGCCGCUGUUUUGGGUUACAGCAGCAAUGGAAAUCCGACUAUGUGUUACCGCGCAUUUCCGAGAUGUCCACGUAAUCCCGACAAACUGAUCCAUUAUCUGAAUAACCAUAAUGGCGGAUUCUUCCGGUUCUUCAGUAAAAGAGACCGCAAGAGUCAUCUUCAGUCGUCUUACGUUUCACGAGAUAAUCCGGAAUUUCUCGGAGAAAGACAAUGGAAAGCUCCACCACCGGGCAUCGCCGGAGCGGAGACUGAUCGCACUGGAACGGGCAAGUUAAAGUUUGACAACCCCGUUUUGACUACUCGCCAAGAUUACGAGAAAAAGUUCUUUCCAAGAGAAAAUACAUUGGAGAGCUCGGGACGAGUGGUUUUCCUGGAUUACGAGGAAUCGAGUGGUCGCCCAUUGAAAAAUAGGAUUUCUAAAUCCCUGUCGGAUUUACGAGAUCCUGACGUGACUACAUUUUCGCGAGACUCUCCAUUGGUUUUUCCUCAGGAAUCGGAGGAUCAAGGUGUCCGCAUUUUACAUUUUACUUCUGAAUCUUCGAACUCGAUACCUCAUAAUGCGUUUCGCUUUCCACAUUAAUAUUUUCGAAUUUUUGCUCCACGAAUAAAUUCUUGAAUAAUAUUCAGCUCACAAAUGGAAUACAUGUAAAUAAAGG